AUGGCUGGAUUUGUCAAAAAGUGCCCCUGCUUACGCCCACCUACUGAAGAAAUCCAUGUCUUGGAUUACAGACACAACAGUCUGUCUGACUUACCUACUGAAGUGUUCAACUUGGAACGUACACUCGAGGAAUUAUAUGUAGACAACAACCAGCUGCGGGAUCUACCCAGGGAGUUAUUCUAUUGUCAUGGCUUGCAUAAACUCAGUCUUUCCGACAAUGAAAUCACAAGUAUUCCUGCUGCAAUUGGAAGUCUCAUCAAUUUAGACGAUCUCGACAUAAGUAAAAAUGGCAUUAUUGAUCUUCCAGACAACAUCAAAGCUUGCAAGCACUUAAAGACAUUGGAAGCCAGCAUCAAUCCUCUGGGAAAAAUUCCAGAUGGUAUAACACAACUUUUAAAUUUACGUGAACUCUAUCUAAAUGAUACCUUCUUGGAUUAUCUUCCUGGUAAUUUUGGCAGACUUAGCAAACUUAAAAUUCUUGAGAUUCGAGAGAACCAUUUGAAGACAUUGCCAAAGUCAUUUUCACGCCUUGUUGAGUUGGAACGGUUAGAUAUAGGUAAUAAUGCACUGACGGAAUUGCCUGAAGCAAUUGGAGGCUUGGUCAGUUUAUUGGAACUCUGGUGUGAUCAAAAUAAAAUAGAGAAAAUAUCUUCAGCCAUGGGAAAUUUGAAGCAGCUAAUAUUCAUGGAUGCAUCAAAAAACCGUCUUGAGACUCUACCUUCUGCAAUAGAAGGGUGCUCAUCUCUGGCAGAUCUUUAUCUCACAUGUAAUAAUAUAAAGUCAUUACCUGACUCUAUAGGCCAGUUAGUUAACCUCACAACUCUCAAAGUCGAUGAUAAUAUGAUUAUUAAUCUACCAGCAUCGAUUGGCAAUUUGUCUGCUCUCUCAGAAUUGAAUAUCAGUACAAAUGACUUGGUGGAAAUUCCUUCCACUAUUGGCCUACUCAGGAACCUACGAACCAUAUAUGCUGAUGAAAACUACCUCGAAGUCAUUCCUCCAGAGAUUGGCAGCUGUAAUGGAAUCACAGUGCUCUCUUUGAGGAGCAACAAGCUGAAGUACAUUCCUGAUGAAAUUGGACGAAUUCCUCACCUCCGUGUACUCAACCUUAGUGAUAACCAAUUGAAGCAUUUGCCUUUUAGUAUUGUGAAACUGAAAGAACUGCAGGCAUUAUGGUUGACAGAAAACCAGACACGACCUCUUGUCCAGCUGCAAUCUGACAAGGAUCCCUUGACUGGCAGAAAAAUCCUGACUUGUUACUUGUUUCCACAAUCAUCAGAAAAAAAUGAAGCAGAGUCUCCAAAUGACAAUUCCAGUUUUCAUGCUUCAAUGUGGGAAGAAGAGAGGUUAAAACGACAACAGAUCCAUUUUGCUCUUGGUGAAGAAGAUGAUGUUGAUGGCAAACUAACCCGCUGCCCAACGCCUUAUCCAAAGGAAAUGAAAGAGAAAAUGAGGCACAUGAAAAACCUUGCCACUUUGCAACAAAUAUCUGUGAGUGGUCACGAAAAUAGAGGCUUUGAGAAAGAUGAUAAAAAAGAUAAAGAUUCCAAUAUGUCAGAUUUAUCACGAGAAGCAAGUGUUCGAACAAGUGGUUCUGUAUCUGACAGUGCAGUCAAAUCGACAGAGAAUCAUUCUUCACGUAAGUCUCUGUGCCUAACUUAUUAUUACUCUGCCUGA